CCUCUUUCGUCUUCUUUCAUCUUCUUCAUCAUUCUGUCGAACCCAAAUAUAGUUCACAUUCCCGACGAAACUUUCUCCGGCAAUUCUCGCCGGAAAUGUGGAAUCUCCGGCGUCUCUCAUGCUUAUUUGUGCUCCUCUCCUGCUUCUCAGUUACUACUCAAGCACUUAACAAUGCAACCACUAAAUGGCUCACACUACACGGACAUGCACCAUUAGUUAUAGCACGUGGUGGAUUUUCUGGAUUAUUGCCUGAUUCAAGCUAUGAUGCAUAUAUUAUGGCAUUGGAAACUAGUUUGCCCAAUGCAAUUAUUUGGUGUGAUGUGCAACUCACUAAAGAUGGGGUUGGCAUUUGUUUUCCUGACCUCAAGCUCGACAAUGCUUCUGACAUUGAUUUUUACUUCAAAAAUAAGAAGAGUAAAUACUUAGUGAAUGGAGUACCAACACAAGGAUGGUUCUCUACAGAUUACAAUUUCAAAGAUCUCGCGCCCGUCACCUUGAAGCAAGGAGUUUAUUCACGAACUUCAAGAUUUGAUGGAACACAGCAAAGCAUUCUUACUGUCCAGGAUGUGGUAAACCAAGUGAAACCUCCGGGAUUAUGGUUGAACAUCCAGCAUGACAACUUCUUCGGCCAGCAUAAUUUGAGUAUGAGAAGUUAUAUUAUAUCCCUGUCCAGGAGUGUUCUGAUCAACUAUAUUUCAUCGCCCGAGGUGAAUUUCCUCAGAAGUAUUCUGUCACAACUCAAUUCACGAGUUACGAAACUCGUUUUCCGAUUUCUCGGACAGAAUGAUGUUGAGCCUUCAACAAAUCAAACGUAUGGUUCUUUAUUGAAGAAUCUCACAUUUAUCAAAACCUUUGCCUCUGGAAUUCUUGUUCCCAAAUCUUUUAUCUGGCCGGUGGACAACUCCCUCUACUUACAACCAUAUACGUCACUUGUCUUAGAUGCUCAUAAAGAAGGUCUUCAGAUUUUUGCAUCGGAGUUUGCAAAUGAUGUACCUUUUGCUUACAAUUACAGCUAUGAUCCCACAUCUGAGUAUUUGUCCUUUGUUGACAAUGGCAACUUCUCUGUUGAUGGAGUACUGUCUGACUUCCCAGUAACUCCAUCAGCGGCAAUAGAUUGCUUUACUCAUUUGGAUAAGAAUGAUAAAUCUCGAGAAAAGCUUCUGAUUAUCACAUCUGAAGGAGCAAGUGGUGACUACCCGGGUUGUACUGAUUUGGCAUAUACAAAAGCUGCUUCGGAUGGUGCGGAUGUUCUUGACUGUCCUGUUCAAAUGACAAAGGAUGGAAUACCCUUCUGCCUGGGCUCUAUUAAUUUGAUAGAUAAGACUACAGUUUUUCGAUCGCCAUUCACCAAUAUUGCUAGUACUGUCCCAGAACUGAACAUAACUAAUGGAAUAGUCACCUUUAACCUUACUUGGGAUGAGAUUAAUAGCCUGAAACCGGAAAUAACAAACCCAUGGUUAGAGUUUAGAUUGUACCGAAAUCCAAAAGCCAGAAAUGAGGGAAACUUUGUUUCAUUGGUGGAUUUCUUGACAUAUGCAAAAAAUGCCACAACUGUAUCUGGUGUCAUGAUCAGCAUAGAGAAUGCAGCUUACCUGGCAAAUCAGGGAUUUGGUGUAACUGAUGCUGUUCGUGAAGCCUUAAGGAAUGCUGGUUAUAAUAAUCAGACAGCGAAGAAAGUUAUGAUCCAAUCAAAAGACAGUUCAGUUCUGAAAGAAUUUAAGAAAAACCGCUAUGAACUUGUUUACAGGGUUGCUGAUGAUAUCAGUGAUAUUGAGAGCUCAACUAUAUCCGAGAUCAAGAGCUUUGCUAGUUCUGUAAUUUUAACCAAGAAUUCUGUUUUUCCAAGCGAGAGUAAGUUUCUUGUUGGGAAAACAAAUGUGGUGGAGAAACUGCACUCAUCAAAUCUCUCAGUAUACGUUCAACGCUUUAACAAUGAAUUUGUGUCUCAAGCAUGGGAUUUUUUCUCAGAUUCAUCCGUAGAGAUAAACAAUUAUUUCGUUGGAGCUGGCAUUGAUGGUGUUAUAACAGAUUUCCCUCGCACAGCUGCUAGAUACAGAAGGAACCGUUGUUUGCGUUACAAAGUCCCACCACUGUAUUUUAGCCUUGUUAGUCCUGGAGUUCUCCUACAAUUCAUGUCUCGUCAAUCUUUGCCACCAGCAGAAGCUCCCAGCCCAAUACUUACCGAAAGUGAUGUGGUUGAGCCACCUCUACCUCCUGUUGCAAAGAUAACCCCUACUGCUCGCAAUGAGUCUACAGCUAAUGCUGCUCACACCUCUCCAAUCGGUCAAUCCUCAGUUGUAGCCGGCGUUUUCACAUGCUGCCUCACCAUUCUUCUUGCUGAUCUUGUCAUCUUUUGAUCUCAGUAAGACCAUUUUGUGCAAUUGUAUCUCCAUUUUGCAGUUAAAUUUCAUUUUUUUAAAAAAAUGAUUAGCCUAUAUUUCGUUUAUUAGGUCAAUCAAUUAAAUAUUAAGAAUGUAAUUAAUCUAAAAUUAUGUUAAUCCUUUGGUAAUAUGAGUAAAACAUGAUAGGAACUUUUUGUUACCAAAAUAUUAUAGCAGUGU